AUGAGAAGAAUGGCUCUUAAGAAAUUGAAGGUGAUACCAAAGGAAGGUUACUUAUUACUUUUGGACUUUGAUGAUGAGGACGAUGACAUAAAAGUUUCAGAGGAGGCUCUUUCGGAAGUAAAGAGCCCAGCAUUUGAUAAAAAUGAGAAUAUAUCGCCUCAAGCAGAAGCAGAUGAAGAUAUGGGAGAUGAAGUAGACAGUAUGUUGGAUAAAUCUGAAGUAAAUAAUCCAGCAAUUGGUAAAGAUGAAAAUAUAUCGCCUCAAGUAAAAGGAGAUGAAGACAUGGGACAUGAAGUAGGCAGUAUGUUGGAUAAAUCUGGAGAUGACAUUUAUAAGACGCUUCACAUAAAGAGAAAAUGGAUGGAAACUUAUGUCAAAGAAUCUUUCAAAGGCAGCAACCAGAAAUUAGAAAGAUUUUGCAAAACGAACGAACGAGAGAGGAAGAACAUCAACAACAAAUUUUGUGAGCAGUAUAUAACUACAUUUCAGAAGUCUGAUAUGGAUGUACAGAAAUUCAAUGAAGAAAAAGAAAAAUCAGUGAAUAGUUGUCAAAAAGAACAACAAGCAUUGAAACUGUCCAAAUGUAGUCAGAACCAGACCCUGGAAGCAGUUAAAGAAAUGCAUGAGAAGUCCAUGGAGGUUUUGAUGAACUUGGGGACCAAGAACUAA